UGAUACACAUGCUUUUCUAUUGGAGUUUGAAGUGGAAAUUUGAUGGUUCUGGUACUUCUUGAUAGAUAAACUGACAUUAAACAACGGAUUUUGAUAAACCCUUUUUUAUGAUACCCGUAUGACACUUAUUGCAACGAUUCUUCAUAUUUUGACGCUGGCCUGAUGAUGGCAUAGAUGCCGAAAUCGAUCGCCAAGAGAAUUAAAUAAAAAAUUGGAUUAGUGUGUUUUCUUUACCUCUUCUAAAUACCGUUCACACUAAUGGAGGAUUUCAUUAAUAGAAUUGAAUGUUCGGAGAUAUCCUUUGCCUUCAAACAGUUGAAGUACACGUUGAAUAAGAGACAUCGUAACAGACAACAUAUAGAAUUUCUACACGAAUGCAAACAACAUGACGUUAUCCCAAGAUUCCUAAAUAUCAGAUUACCAGCUGUUCACAACGAAGCUAAGAAACAUCGAAUACGAAUGUCACUACUGAAAAAGGAACUGCGUCGACAAUAUCAGUUAUCGAACAAUAUCGAUUUGAGGUUGAAAUUUCUCCACCACUUUCUCCUGAGACACCUACAUACUAUAGAAUAUAGCAUAUUAGUUGAUAGUCUGGUAGAAGAUACAUUCUACAUUAACUGGAAUGCUGACCGAAAGAGGAAUCAGAAGUUAAAGUUCCUGAUUAACCAAAAAGAGCGCACACGACAGCAGACAAAUAGAGUUCACAACGCUCCACCUGAUAUCAUCCAACCGAAUGAAGUACACCAAUUUCACGAUAGAUUCACCAACCUUAGUGAUGUCGACUUCAGUGAGGAGGAAGAAACGAUACUGAAUCUUGGACAUAAAUUUGCUCCAAUACCUAAAUCAUUCGACAUCCAUGAGAUGGCUAUUGAUAUUGAGCUACAAAUUAGAAGUGAUCCAAGCUUCGACACUUUAGCUGACGGAGUUCUUCAUACUUUAAAGUGUUUUAGAGAAAAACGGGUUAAGGUGAGUGACCGAGAACAAAUUGACAUUAAUAAAAAAUUACGUGGAAGUAUAAAAAACAUACGCGAGAAGGUUUCAAUUAAUGAUCUAAUAAUAACAAAAGCCGAUAAAAACGCAGGAUUAGUUAUUCUGAAGAAACAUCUAUAUAUAGAGAAAACUCUUACUUUUUUCAAUGACAAUAACAUUUUAGAGAUUAAAAACAACCCCUUGAUAAAAUUUUCAAACAAAGUUAAUAACAUCAUAAAAACUUCACUCCCAACCUUGCAUAAAUUUGGGGAGACAAUAUUCAGUAUUAAAGAAAGAAAUCCACAAACACCUAAACUUUAUAGCUUAAUAAAACUACACAAGCCUGAUAGAAGUAUCAGACCCAUCACCUCGGCAAUAGGCUCGCCCACACAUAAAGUAUCCAAAUUCCUAAACAACUGGACCCCCAUAAACGAUACCUUCUAA